AUGUAUAAUGUAGAGAAACCCUGCAAAUGUGAAGAAUGUGAUAUGUACAAUACCCAUAUCUCAAAUCUUAGAAAACAUAAAUAUAUUCAUACUGGAGAGAAACCCUCCAGAUGUGAAGAAUGUGACAGAUCCUUUCCUUGGAUGACAAGCUUCAAAUUACAUCAGAGAGGUCAUCCUGGAGAGAAACCCUACAGAUGUGAAGAAUGUGGAAAGUCCUUUGAUCAAAUGUCAAGUCUUCUAGCACAUAAGCGAAUACAUACAGGCGAGAAACCCUACAGAUGUGAAGAAUGUGGCAAGUCCUUUAAUCAAAAGGCCCAUCUGAGAGUACAUCAGCGAAUUCAUACUAGAGAGAAACCCUACAAAUGUGAGGAAUGUGGCAAGUCCUUUAGUCAAAAGUCAACUCUUAGAACACAUCAGCAAAUACAUACUGGAGAGAAACCCUACAGAUGUGAAGAAUGUGGCAAGUCCUUUAGGCAGAUGUCAAACCUGAGAGUAUAUCAGCAAAUACAUACUGGAGAAAAAUCCUACAGAUGUGAGGAAUGUGACAAGUCCUUUAGAUAUUUGUCAGAACUUAGAGUACAUCAGCGAAUAUAUACUGGAGAGAAAUACUACAAAUGUGAAGAAUGUGGCAAUUCCUUUAGUCAAAUAUCAAACCUGAGAGUACAUCAGCAAAUACAUACUGGAGAGAAACCCUACAGAUAUGAAGAAUGUAGUAAGUCCUUUAGUCAAAUUUCACAUCUGAGAGCACAUCAGCAAAUACAUGCCGGAGAGAAAUACUGCAAAUGUGAAGAAUGUGGAAAGUCCUUUAUGAUUAGCUCAACUUAUAAACAACAUAACAGAAUUCAUAUUGGAGAGAAUCCCUGUAAAUGUGAGAAAUGUAAGAAGUCCUUUAAAAAUAUGUCUUAG